AUGGAUAUCGACUACUCACGAAGGAACAAGAAGCCCCGGCUACUCCUGGAGCCGGAGCGGGAGAAACUGGACGAGUUUAUUGAAGGCAUACAUUAUUCUUCGAGAUAUUCGGAUAGCGAAUUCGAGUACCGCCAUGUCCAACUACCCAAAAAUAUGCUAAAGAACAUACCCACCGACUAUUUCGACCACUCCAAGGGAACGCUGAAGUUGCUGUGGGAGGAAGAGUGGAGAGGCCUGGGCAUUACGCAGAGCUUGGGCUGGGAACACUACGAAGUCCACGAGCCAGAACCGCACAUUUUGCUCUUCAAGUGA